AUGUUAAACAUGAAUAGUCUUCUUCAAUGGUCAAUCUUCAUCCUUUUCUGUCAAUUAGUUUCCAGCAAUAAAGAUUCAAUGACAUGCGGUUCAACAUUUAAGUUAGUGAAUCAACAAUCGGGUGAUCGACUUCAUUCCCAUGAUGUGAAAUAUGGUUCAGGCAGCGGUCAACAAUCCGUUACUGGUACACCCAAUGCAGACGAUGUCAAUAGCUAUUGGCAAGUCCGAGGUGAUAUCCGAAAUGAUUGUGAGCGAGGAACACCAAUAAAGUGUGAUAGUGUAGUGCGUUUAUUUCAUGUUACUACGCGAAGAAAUCUACACAGUCACAAUUAUCAGUCACCACUAUCAAAUAAUCAGGAAGUAUCGGCAUACGGAGAAGAUGGUGUAGGUGAUGAGGGUGACCGUUGGAAAGUUGUUUGUACCACCAAAAAUGACUAUUGGCUAAGAGCGGAUCCGGUGCGACUUCAGCAUGUAGUUACUGGAAAAUAUCUGCAUUUGUCCGGUGACACAUAUGGUCGACCGAUUCAAGGCCAAAAAGAAAUCAGCUGUUAUUCGCACGCGAACCGUCAAAACCUUUGGAAAGUUGACGCAGGUGUUUACAUACGUCCAUCCACUGAACCACUAUCAUCAACACGGGAUGACAAUUCCAAUAGUCGCUCACAAUCGGCCACAACUGAUCGUUUUGAAGAUGAACUCUGA